CGUCAUAUGAUACAACGCAUAAAGAUUUUGAAAACAAAUUUCCUCUUGACAGUGCAGCGCGUAAAGAUAAGCUCCAAGCGUAUCUCUUGUCUUAUAAAAAUAGUACGACUAUGUUAGUAAAAAGUAUGAGUGGGCAAGAAAAGUCAAUAGAUGCAGCAUUGCGUGUUUGCUGGACGUUAAAUAAGCACCAAAAGCCAUUUACAGACUCAGAAAUUGUAAAAGAGUGUAUGUUGGAAGUAGCCACUGCACUUUUUGAANUGGAGAAUGGAUUGAUCUUGCUACAAAAUUAUUCAGACUUCCAAAAUCUUCACUUCAAAUGGAAAUUAUUGAUUUGCAAGAAGAUAUCUCAUUGCAAAUGAAUAAGACUUCGUCUACUAAAGAUUUUUGGAUAAAACAUGUCUUGGAUAAAUACAUAAACUGUAAAACCCUUGCCAUAAAAUUAGCUACUAUGUUUGGCUUCACUUAUGUAUGUGAAACUUCGUUUUCAAAUAUGUCGUUUUUAAAAAACCAAUACCGUUCAAGAUUAACAAAUCACCACCUUGAAAACACUUUACGCAUCAGUUGGUUCUCCAAGAGUACCAGAUUUUAAAAAAUUAGCUCAAGAAAAGAAAUGUCAUUUUUUUCAUUAAAUUUUGUUAUUAUUAGUAUGAAUGUAUUAUUACUUUAUAAAUAAUUAAAUAUUAAAUACUGUGUCUUAAAAUGUGUUUUUAAUACAAAAAUAAAUGCAUUAAUGAUAAAAUUAUGUUUAAGAUUUUUUUGGCCCUCGAAAUUUUUAUUUUUAAAUAUCUGCCCGCCAUAUAAAUUAAUUGCCGACCCCUGCUCUAGAACAUCGUCAAAAUCGUGUUCUGGCUGCACGUGUUCUGGUCACGAAACGUGUGUGUGUCACUAUAUUCUUGAGUCAAAAGGGCAGUCUCUACAGUGGUGUUAUACCCAUUCACCAUCAACCAAAAAAUUCAAAGUACAAUUUUCAGAGAGGAAGAUCGUGGCAUCUAUCUUUUGGCACUUGUAAGGGAUAUGAUUUGUCGAUUUUAUAGAUAAAAGAACCACCAUAAAUGCAUCUGCACCUGUGAGACACUUAAGAAGUUGAAAAAGAAAAUCAAAGACAAAAGGAGAGGAAUGCUAAUUCAUUGUAUGUCACUCCUUUAUGACAAUCAUACCGCCCGUUUAACUUAGAACCUGCUUGUUUCAUUUGGAUUGGAUAUUGUGACUCACCCACCCUAUCCCCGGACCUGGCACUAUCGGAUUAUCAUCUUUUCAAUAAAUUUAAGAACUUUUUGGGUGAACAACUAUUUUCAAAUGACGAGGAGGUUCAGGAUGCUGUGAAAAAGUGGCUUCGAGAAGUGGAGAGAAAGGUAUACGACGAGGGUAUACAAAAACUGGUCCCUAGGCUUAAAAAAUGUAUUGACCUCAAUGGUGAUCUAUGCUGUGAAUAG